AUGAAAUUCAAAUUGUCGAUUUACUUUUGCUAUUUGGGCCUCAGCUUCCUCGCGAGCCUCUCGGAGGCGCUGCAGGCCGUCAGCCUCUUCCGCGUGCUGUCUGUACACCACAAACUCCCGCUGCACGCCGUCAACAAACUGCUGCUGCUCUCUGCAGCAGCAAGGGCCCUCUGCGGCUUCCUCUGGGGGCCCCUCUUGGACCUGGGGGGCCCCCCUCUUGGCUGCUGCUUGUUCUUCCUUUGUUCCCUGGGGGCCUCGCUGCUCACCCGCUGCAGCACUGUCUCCUUUUCCCUCUUGGCAGCAGCAAGACUCUUCGGGGGCGCAGCCACCAGCCUUUUGGAGACAGCCUUCGAGGCCUUCGCUGUACACGGACACAGACAAACCCAGCAGCAGCAGCAGCAGCAGCAGCAGCAGGAGACGGGGGCGCAGCACUCGCUCUUGGGGCAGCAGGAGAAGGCGCAGCAGCAGCUGCAGCAGCAGCAGCAGCAGGGCUCGCAGCCGCAACGGCAGCUGGAUCGAAUGCUGGCGCACGGGCCAGGGCUUGCUGCUGAGUAA